CAGACGAGAUGGCAGUCAGUAAACACAUCCUCACCUUGACUGAGGAUUUAACCUGCUCGAUCUGCCUAUCUCUGUUUGUGGAGCCGGUGCAGUUGGAGUGUGAGCACAAUUUCUGCAAAUCCUGCAUCCAGGCGUGUUGGGAAAACCAGGGGGAGGUGGUGUCCUGCCCGGAAUGUCGCGCGGUUUCCCAGCAGAAGAGUUAUAAGAAGGCCAGGGUGUUGGCCAAUCUCUGUGAGAAAGCCCGGCAGCUGGAGCUGAACCCGGCUCUGCAGCAGGAAGGGGGUCCCCGCUGUCUGGAACACGAUGAGAAGCUGAAGCUGUUCUGUCAGGACGACCGGGCUCUGAUCUGUGUCAUUUGUCGAGAUUCCCCCGCACACUCAGGUCACAGCUUCCUGCCUGUCGCUGAUGUAGCGAGAGAGUGCAAGGACCAGCUGAAAUCAGCCUUGGACUCCAUGGAGGCAGAAAAGGAAAGUAAGAGUGAAUUAAAGGAGCAGCAGGAGAGGGAGUUUGUAGAACUGGAGGAAUUCUCGACAUCCUUGGAGAAGGACAUCUCUGCACAGUUUGCCAGAAUCCAUCAGUAUCUUGAAGACAAAGAGAAAUGUUUAAUUGAAGAGCUCAUGAGACAAAAGGAAGAAGACCUGCAGCUAAUAGUGGAGAACCAGAGUAGAACUGAAAUGGAGCUGUUUUCGCUUGAGGAGAAUAUUUUCAACCUGACUGAAAUCAUCCAGCAGCAAGACAAUAUCUAUUUUCUAAAGGAAGUGCAAAGAUUGGGAGAAAUGUGUGAAGACAAAGAGGAGGAAGGGAGAAAUGAAGAUGGAGGAUAUCCAGAAAUGCAAAUAUCUCCAAGAAAGAAUUACACGGGAUUUCAAGGCCCAUUACUCUUUGCUGUGUGGAAGGAAAUGAAACAGAUCAUCUCUCCAUUUCCAGUUUCACUGACCCUGGAUCCAAACACAGCACAUCAUAGCCUCAUCCUGUCUGAGGACCUGACCGGCGUGAGAAACAGUGGCAGAGUAUUAGAGCUUCCAGAUAAUCCGGAGAGAUUUGACACGACUCCAUGCGUCCUGGGAUUGCAUGGAUUCAAUUCAGGGAAACACUACUGGGAGGUGGAGGUGGGGGACAAUACUAACUGGGAUGUGGGUGUAGUUCGAGAGUUUGCAAAUCGGAAAGGAUGUAUAAUAACAGGUCCUGAGAAUGGUUACUGGGCUGUGUGGCUGAGAAAUGAGAAUGAAUAUGGAGCUGCCAAUGUUUCAUUAUGUCUGAGUGUGAAACCCAGGAGCAUUGGAGUUUACCUGGACUAUGAGGGCGGACUGGUGACUUUUUACAAUGCUGAUGACAUGUCCGUUCUCUACACCUUCACUGACACAUUCACCGAGAAACUCUUCCCUUAUUUUUAUCCUGGGCUGCACGAUGUGAGUAAAAAUGAUGCCCUUCUUAAACUGUGUUGUUUCUAACUGUAGGUCCUUCCCCUUGAUGACGGAACUGUCACACAUUAAGGAAUCCCACCAACAGAAGGGAAGGGUUUGGCAAAACAAAAAUGUCAUGAAAUGUGACUUCAACCCAUGUUGCCACUUUUACAGCAGUUGGCAGUUGACUUGUCUGUGCCCUCACGAUGCUAUUACAUGUCAUAAGGUCUCCGAGCAGGAAUAGGCAACUUAGCCCCUUGGGCCUGCACCACCGUUUAAUCCUACAGUGGCUGAUCUUAUCUCAGCCUCAACUGCACUUUCCAGCCUGCUUCUCACAACCCUUUAACCCAUUUACUAAUGGAAAGUCUUUCUACCUCCUCCUUAAGUUAUUCAGUCCUCACGGGGAGCGAAUUCCACAGGUUCGGAAGAACUGCUGAUGCAAUAGAUCGGAAAUUUAAAAAAAACAGACAUUGCUGGGGAAGCUCAGUGG